AUGAGCUCGUUCCCAGUUUCCCCGCAGAGCUCCGCAUCCGCAUUGGAUGACACCGACCCUCUUUUCGAUCCGUACAGAGACUCGAUAGACACCGAGGACCCAAACAAAAAUGUUCAUCGUGACUCUGUUGGUGUGGGCCAUGCGGCCCACUCAUGGCGUCAAGUACUGACAGCCUUGGCUCCCUGUUCUUCUUCUGAAGACCCCGUACCUUUCCUGUCAGACCCGUCCCAGCGCAAAAAGCGGUCCUGGAGCUCCCGGUGCUUAAGAGGUCUGCGAAGAGCGUGCAUUGGAAUAUUGAUCAUGCUCGGCAUCAUCCAGUUCAUUUCAAUCGCCUGCGGUAUCGUCCUGUCUUUCUUUCCGGACGAAUACGACCGCGCUGCUCAUAACUGGCUGCCGAGUGCCGACAGCGCCAGUGCCGACAACAAGCACUGGCCCACCGAUAUCUCGCGCGAUAUCAUCCCUGUCGGCUGUCACUCCCAUAACGACUACUGGCGGCGGGUCCCACUGUACUCCGCACUGCAGGCAGGAUGCGUGGGCGUCGAAGCCGACGUCUGGCUCUUCGAUGAUGAGCUCUACGUCGGCCACACCACAUCGUCACUCACUCCGCGCCGCACCUUGCGAUCGAUGUAUGUCGACCCGCUCGUAGCUAUCCUCGAGCGCCAGAAUCCAAUUACCGAAUUCUAUCCGGGCACAAACAGUCCCGCACAUGGCGUGUUCGACACGGACCCCGACCAGUCUCUUUUAUUGCUGAUUGAUUUCAAAACCGCCGGUCCGGCAACCUGGCAUGCCGUAUCGAAGCACCUGUCUCCACUGCGUGAUCGCGGCUAUCUAACACACUUCAAUGGCGAAGAACUCAUCCAAGGCCCGAUCACCGUUAUCGGAACAGGGAAUACGCCCUUCUUUGCCGUCACAGCCAAUACCACCUACCGGGACAUCUUCUUCGACGCCCCGCUAGACAAACUCGUCGACGAAGAUCCCGAUGAGCUGCCAAACAUCCAAUCAAAGCUCGAACUGGUCCCACGCGACACAAACACGCAGUUCACGAACCUGGGCCAAGGUCAAUCCGGCAUGCCAGCAGUUAUCACAGCCAAUACUUUCAAUUCCACCAACAGCCUCUACGCCUCUGUUUCAUUCCAAAAAGCCAUCGGUUUCCCCUGGCCCUUCCACUUCACCCAACGCCAGAUGGCGCUGAUCCGUCGCCAUGUGCGUAUUGCGCACAGACAGGGCUUGAAGGUCCGCUACUGGGCGUUGCCGAGCUGGCCGUGCAGUCUGCGGAAUCAUAUCUGGCGUGUACUUGCUCAGGAAGGGGUCGAUAUCUUGAACGUCGAUGAUUUGGUGGAUGCUACGAAGGGAGACUGGAACACAAAGGUAUUUGAUUGGUGGCCGUGA